AGUGUGGAAUUUUCCGAACAGUUCUUAUGGAGUCGAGCUGCCGUAUCUGGAUGAGGCGAGUAAAGAUGGCGACCACCACCACUUCCAUCGUCUUCCGCCCCACAACCUCGUCUUCUAUUUCACCGUUAUUCAUUCCGCUACGUUCUUCCAAAUCAACGUUAUCACUUCUUUCUCAUAUAUUUCACCCACGCCGUUCAAUUUCAAUAACCGCAACUCUUCCUCUUCAGUCUUCUUCGUCUCCGUUUUCCCGAACCGUUCAUCAUCAAUGUUCCUCUUCUUCUGAUGGUGGCAUUAAUCCUAAGGAUUCCCAAAAGAUUAUUCUGAAAGGGAUGAGAUACAAAGAAUUCGAAAAUUGGGUGACUUCUCAAGGAUAUAGACCUGCUCAAGCAUUGAUGCUAUGGAAGCUGCUUUACGGGAACAAUUCAAAGAGGAUUUGGGCACAUUCAUUUGAGGAAUUAGAAGGUUUAAACAAAGACUUAACAAAGAUGAUAAGUAAACAUGCUAAAUUGAAAGCAUUACAAGUGAAAGAUAUCAUCACAGCCUCCGAUGGCACUAGAAAGAUUUUGUUUACAUUGGAUGAUGGACUGAUAAUAGAGACAGUGAUAAUACCUAAUGGUGAUAAGGGAAGAAAUACAGUGUGUGUUUCAAGUCAAGUUGGAUGUGCAAUGAAUUGCCAAUUCUGUUUCACUGGCAGGAUGGGUUUAAGGAGAAAUCUAACUGCAGAGGAAAUAGUAGAACAAGCUGUAUUUGCACGUAGACUGUUUACUAGCACAGUGGGUCCCAUCUCAAAUGUUGUUUUCAUGGGAAUGGGAGAACCACUUCAAAACAUUGAAAAUGUGAUGAAAGCUGCAGAUAUAAUGGUUGAUGAACAAGGGCUUCAUUUUAGCCCAAACAAGGUCACCAUUUCAACAAGUGGACUUGUGCCUCAAAUCAAACGUUUUCUUCGUCACUCUAAAUGUGCAUUAGCUGUUAGUCUGAACGCUACAACUGAUGAAGUGAGGAACUGGAUCAUGCCCAUUAACCGGAAGUACAAUUUGAGCUUACUUCUUGACACCCUUCGUGAAGAGCUCCAAUUCAAACAUAAAUACAAAGUCUUGUUUGAAUACGUGAUGCUUGCUGGAGUCAAUGACAGCAUUGAUGAUGCAAAGCGGAUAAUUGAUCUUGUGAAGGGGAUUCCAUGCAAGAUUAAUCUGAUUACAUUCAACCCGCACAGUGGGUCCCACUUCCAACCCACAGCAGAUGAAAAGAUGGUUGAGUUUAGAAACAUUUUGGCUGAGGGUGGCUUGACUGUGUUCAUGAGACCAAGUAGAGGAGAUGAUCAGAUGGCUGCAUGUGGUCAGUUAGGGAACCCGGCUGAUCUCCAAGCUCCUUUACUUAAAGUGCCUCCCAAGUUUCAACCCUCAUUAGAGCUAUCCUUAUAACUUGUACAUGAUGCAUUAAGUGUGGUACAUUCGUUUUAAUCAUGAAUCUGUUAUUUCAA